AUGGCGGCAGGUAGCAUCGCGCGGCAGCGACAGGACGAGGGUUCAGUUCAGAAUGUGGAGAGGAAUGUCCCCACGGUCCUCCGGCCGCCUGACCAUGCAUUACUUGUAUGCACGAGAGGCCGGGCAUGAAGUGCAACCCCGUCCAAUGAUUAUGGGGGAGAGGUGAUAAUGACUUCCUAUAAAGAGUUAACGGCCGAAGGGGAGAGUAGCCCUCUGUUCACGGGCUGCCGCCGAGCAAAAGAGGUCAUAAACCGGGACCCGGACGGCAGCACGCAUCCGGAACUCUCCAGUCGCGAUGAGGAGGGCACAUCGGAGGUGAAAGUCGCCUCGGGGAUUACAGCCCCGCGUCCCCGUGCUCCCAACAGUUGCACCUUUUUGGACAACUCUCCUCCUCCAGCGCGCGAGACUCUGGAGAGCUUCGCAGCGUCGGCCUGCCCCCACUCGUCCCGUGUCCCCUGGCGGCGCAGGACGCACGAGCAGGGCUCACCGGGACGCGGACACCGCGCGUCAAAUAACAACGGGACGCUACGAUCCGGUUUUAGUUCCCCGGCCCAGCACAUUCAAAUCUACUCUCGCAGUGGCCCCGGGAUUCACGUCGCCACGGGGAGCCCAACGGGCUCUGACCGCAACGUGACUCACGUGGAUGUAAGCAGCAAAACUUUUGAGUGGAUGAGAGUGAAAAGGAGUCAGCACCGGGCGGGCAGGGUUCACGUGACCUGUGGUUUCAGUGUGGUUAACUCGCGCCUCGGCGUGGACGAGGCCGGACCCGGAAGCAUCUGCACGGCGAACGGGCCCUCGAGGACGAGCUUCAGCACCAAGCAGCUCACCGAGCUGGAGAAAGAGUUCCAUUUGAACGAAUACGUGACGCGGGCCACGCGAGUGGAGGUGGCCGGCGCCCUGCAGCUCAGCGAGACGCAGGUGAAAGUUUGGUUUCAGAACAGGCGCAUGAAGCAGGAGAGGUUACAGAGAGACGGGCUGCUCACAGACCCGGGCCCUCACACGCCGCCGACCCCAUUGGACACCUGCCUCUCUCCGGGAUUUGUCCUCGUCAGAACACCUGUCCCUGAACUCCUGAGCUGCGUCACGCGUUACGCAUGCGAGGGCUCCUGCCAGCAGAUGUUUUGA